UUAUCUCUCUCUUUUAGUAACCAUUUCUCUGGCCUUGUUCAAGAUAAUACAUGGCAACUCCUGCUGCUACAGCAGCAAAGCAACACGUAGAAGAGAUCCGACGGCUGAAAUUCUCCAUAGGAGGAGAGAAAAAUCCACUAACGGAAGACCUCAAUCAGGCCGUUAGAAAUCUAUCUGCUGAGCUGUAUACGAAAGACGUCCAUUUCCUUAUGGAACUCUUACAGAAUGCUGAAGACAAUGAAUACCAACCCAAAGUAGACCCAUCUCUUGAAUUCGUGAUUACUUCUACAGACAUUACAGGCAACUGUGCUACUGCAACGCUGCUUGUUUUCAACAAUGAGGUUGGCUUUUCCAAGAAGAACAUUGAGUCAAUCUGCAGCAUUGGCAGAUCGACCAAGAAGGGGAAGCGACAAGAAGGAUAUAUCGGAGAGAAAGGAAUUGGAUUCAAGAGCGUGUUCCUUGUUUGUGCACAUCCUUACAUAUUUAGCAAUGGCUAUCAGAUCAGGUUCAGUGAAGAGCCCAACCCCGAUUGUGGUAUUGGUUAUAUUGUCCCUGAAUGGGUUGAUGCAAAACCAACGCUUUCAGAUUUACAGAGCAUUUAUGGUUCUCAUAAGACCCUCCCAACAACCACAAUUAUUCUCCCUCUUAGGUCUGAGAAGGUGGAAGCUGUGAAGAAACAACUCUCAGAAGUGCACCCCGAACUCCUGCUAUUCUUAUCCAAGAUCAAAAAGCUAUCGGUGCGUGAAUGCAAUGGUGAUCUUCGUGCUGCGGAAACCUGCUCAGAAAUUUCAAUCUCCAGCGAGACUGAUAAUGUAACUUUUGAUGAUAAAAGAGCAAAUUCGUGUAUUCUCCAUCUUUCAGUUCAAGAGGGAACUGAUGAGAAUAAGUGCUCAUACUAUAUAUGGAUACAGGCAUUUCCGGUGAAGCCUGAGGCAAAGGUAGAUGGUAGGAAGGAGAUGGAGGAAUGGGUGAUUUCACUUGCUUUCCCAUUUGGAGAGAGACUGAAAAGAGGAACAUCUUCUGCUGGUAUCUAUGCCUUUCUGCCAACAGCAAUGGUCACCAACUUUCCGUUCAUAAUUCAUGCCGAUUUUAUACUUGCAUCUUCUAGAGAAACCAUACUUUUGGAUAAAAAAUGGAACUUGGGCAUUCUGGAUUGCGUUCCUUCUGCGUAUGUCAGUGCCUUUGUCGCUUGCAUGAAGUCUGUAGGGACCACCCAUCUUUCUUCUGUGGCCUCAAUGCUGGACUUCUUGCCAGUUCGGUCAUCCUUUGUUGCAGAACUCAAUAAUGUCAGAGGGACCAUCAGAACCAUGCUGAAAAACCAUCGUGUUGUGCGUUGUGAAUCUUUUUCUGAUGACAAACAGGUCUUCUGUAGGCCUACCAAAGCAAGGAGACUCCUGCCCGACUUCCGCAAACUCCUUGAUCGGGCGAAGGAAGAAGGCAUAUUAAUGGGGAGUGUUUCCUCUGUGGGGAAGCAUGUUUUGCAUUCUUCCCUUGACCUCAUGCGAUACAAUAUGGCUCUGGAUUUUCUUGGAGUGGUGCCUGCAGAAUCUGAAUGUAAAUGGUAUGCGAAUUGCAUUGUAGACUGCAAACUCACGUCGCUUGCUCCUUCAGAUGUUUACAUGGAGCUACUUUGCUUUAUUACUAUUAACUGGAAAAUUCUUGGCAUGAUUGAGGUAAGAAGCAUCCCUCUUAUCAGAUACAGUACUGCAGAGCGGAAGUGGAUGUUUGGUGAUGUUCUUUAUACUAAACAGAAAAAAAGGGUUCGUUAUGCUUUGGACUCUCAACAUCAUGCCUGGCUCAAUAAGUGGAACAUGGAGUUCGGAUGUCCGAAUAAUCUGUAUUUCUUAUCCGAUUCCGAUCAGAUGGCUCUUGUAAACCAUGUUAGUAGAAGAUUCUUGUUUACUUGGCUUUCUGGUGAUGCAGGCGUGGUAUCUGCUACUAUCUAUGAAUAUAUUUGUCUGGUUCAGAAAUUUGCAAGGGAAACAGGUGACCCAAAACUUGUGAAAUCACUCACUCAUUUUCUGUAUCACUCCCACUUGAAGAAUUUUGUUACUGAAUCUGAGGUCUACGGCGUCUGUGAAUCCAUGCCCAUAAUUGAUGCGCGUGACCAAAUAUGUGAUGAAAGGACUGAAACUCUUGUUCCUGCAUCUGGAAGUAAGUGGGUGAAGCUGAUGGGUUGCAAUCCAUUUGUAGAAAAGAAGUACAUUGAUUUAGGGGAGGCAUAUACUGAAGGUGGUACUUUUGCUGGGGAGCAUACGCUGAAGGAAGAUCUAAUCAAAUUUCUAACCAAGUAUAUGAAAGCCAAGGACUUGCUGGAACUAUGUCCUCCAGAUCUGGCAUUGCCGGUGGCUUCCUCACAACUACGAGUAGAUCAGGCAUUUUUGCUACUUGAAUGGAUCCGGACUUUGCAGUUUAAGAAAGUGGAGAUGCCUGCAAUGUUCAUCGAGAGCAUAAGAGUCGGGAAAUGGAUGAAAACCUGCUCUGGCUUCAAUUCACCAAAUCAUUGCUUUCUUUUUCAUGAUGAGGGGGAAUAUGUUUUCUUGCAAAUGGUUAAUGUUCUCAAGGGCUUCUCAGUUAUAGAUGAGCAGUUUUAUGGGACGAAGAUUAGAUUGUAUGCAGAUGAGCUGAAAUUGAUUGGGGUGAGGUUUGGGUCGAUGGAUGUAUGCAAACUAAUAAUCGACCAUGUUACAUCUCUUGCUUCAUCAAGAAUUACUAGCGAACAUGGAAUUUUACUGUUGGAGUUUAUUAGGUACUUAAAGAAGGGAGAAAAACUCAAUGAUGAAUUUUUGAGAACUUUGAGAAAGGGGGAGUGGAUGAAGAGCUCUAAAGGGUACGUAGCUCCAUUUGGGUCGGUUUUCCUUCCAUCCAUUACGGGAGCUCUUUUACAAAUAACAAACCUUCCUGUCAUUGAUGAAACAUUCUAUGGAACCAAGUUUGGUUGCUAUACCGCCGAGCUCAAGUUGUUGGGAGUUGUCAUGGAUAUGGAAGAGGCGUACAAAUUGACAGCAGAUAAUUUCACAUUUCCUGAAGCUCUAUGUGCUAUAACUAGAGAAAGUGUUCUGCUGAUACUAAGGUGCCUCCGAAAUUUGGGUCCUUCGGCUGCCGGGUUAAUUGAAAAGAUCUGCUGUGAACCUUGGUUGAAAACAAGCUUAGGAUUUAAGUCUCCUUCUUCAUCUUUUCUUCCUAACUCUGAAUACGGACUUUUAUUGAAUGUGGUAGAGGUUCCCCUUGUUGAUGAAUCCUUUUAUGGUAAUGAAAUUCGCUCAUUCAUCGCCGAACUGAAGGCAAUUGGGGUGAUCCUAGAUUUUGAAAGUUCAAUCAAGAAAGUUGCUGUUCAGUUCAAGUCACUCUCAUCUUCUGGUGGUCUAACUAGUGCCAAUGUUCUCUCACUGCUGAAUUGCACUAAGAAUAUGAAAGAAACAGUACCUUCAUUAUCGUCAACAUUCAGGUCCUUUUUGUUUGGGGAGAACUGGUUGAAGACUCGACACGGCUUCAAAUCUCCACCAGAAUCAGUUCUGUUUGAUGUGAAAUGGGGAAAGAUCUCUCAAUUUGUUGAUCUUCCUCUCAUUGACGAUGCAUUCUAUGGCAUUGGUAUCUACGGUUAUAGAGAGGAGCUGAAAAUGAUGGGUGUCGUGGUUGAUUUCAAGGACGGAUGUGAGUUUGUAGCGAGAGGUCUAAAUCUGCCAAAAGAACCGGGACUCGUAAAGGAAGAAAGUACCCUCUCUCUACUUGAAUGUAUUGGAUAUCUGUUAGAAAAAUCAUCUGAUCGGUCUUUAUCUGCUGAUUUUCUCAAAAAUACAAGGGAAUCUAAAUGGUUGAAGACACACAUGGGUUACAGGUCCAGCGAGGAGUCUCUUCUAUUUGAUCUAGAGUGGGAAUCCAUUCUAAGUUCCAAAGAUGGGCCUUUCAUUGAUGAAAAAUUCUAUGGGGACGGCAUUUCUUUCUACCGGGACCCAUUGAAAGCAAUCGGUGUGAAGGUCAAUGCACAUGAUGCAUGUGAGCUAAUUUCGGAGGGUCUACUGUUACAUUCUUGGAAUCCCCCUAUAUUAAGAAUCUAUAGUUUCCUCAACAAGUUUGGGUGGAAACCAAAGUCACAGGAUAAAUCUAUAACUCAGGUAUGGAUUCCCCCCCGACGUGGCAGAAGUGGAGAGUGGGUGAGUUCAAAGGCUUGUGUGAUUCAUGACAGGGAUGGUCUUUUUGGUUUACGGUUGCAUGUUCUUGAUAAAGAUUACAAAAGUGACUUGCUUCCAAUUUUCUCCUCGGCUUUUGGUGUUGCAAUGGUUCCCUCGACCGAUGAUUAUGUCAACCUGUGGAACGACUGGGAAUUAAAUGGUCAACAUGAAGUGAGUUUGGCCAAGUGUUGCUCUUUUUGGACUCAUGUACUUGAAAAUUGGAACCUGAAGACAGAAGAGAUUCUCAAAGAGAAAAUAACCAAGUUGCCCUCCUGCACUGCCUCUGGCGAUGGAAUUCGGUUAGUGGAGAAGGACAAGCUCUUUAUCCCAGAUGACCUACAACUGAAGAAAUUUUUUAUGGAAGCUAGCAAAAACGGUAGUCUAUUUGUUUGGCACCCACAGUCCAGCUUACAGAGCAUUGAUCUAAGUAAAUUGUACGACGUUUAUAGUAGUCUUGGAGUGCAGAAAAUUUCCAAGUCUGUGCAAUUCGGUCGGAGUUCUUUUUCUAAUCAUGAUAGCCUUGAGAGGGUUUAUAUGAGGGAUGGGUUGAUUGUAAGAGGGCUUAUUAAAACCAUACUAGGUUUCCUUGCGGGUCCUCGAAUCAGUAUGCCAGUAUGCGAGAGGCACAAGGCUGUGCAAACUCUCAUUGAUAUUGGAGUUUUCAAGAUCGGAGAAUUCACGGUCGAUUGCAGUUUAGUGUUUCCGUCAGGGGAAACAAGAUUGGAUGUCCAAACAAGAAGGAUGGUUGUAUGGGACAAAGAUUCCCAUAGGAUGCUUGUUCAUAGUCAGGGCUGGGAAGAUCGGAAAACAUGUAUAGAAUUCAGUACUAGUUUUGCUCAAGCAGUUGCUGAAGGACUGCUGCAUGAAAGCCCCCGCGUGAUUGAAGACCUUUGCAGGAUAAUCCAGAUGGGUUUUGUAUAUGGGUUCAAGGAGGAUGCAGUUGAUUUUCUGCUGAUGAAAGAAAAUUUGCAGCUUUUUGUCGAAGAUGAGCUAUUCCUGUCAGCUGCAUUCCCCUCUGAAGAAACAGUUUCUUGUUCAUCUAAGCGAAAGGCUGUUGAGUUGAACGUGUUGCUUGCAGAAAAUAAUUCCACUUCCAAAAAGAAGAGACGAUGACAAGAGGAAGCAAGCAAUGGACUUCAUUUCUACUUUUUUUUUUUUUUGGGUGGUGGUCAUUUUCUCCCUACAUGUCCAGGUAUGAGCCCAAGCUGGGAGAAAUGGUGGGACUUUGUAGAUAAAUUUUGGUAGUUUAUGAAAUGUCAUACAUGUAAAUAAGGUA